AUGUCUUGUGGGGCAUCAAUUCUGGGUCUGUUCAUUGUUUAUUCUGCUUUGCGCCUAAGGUGGGUGAACAAGGAGCAUGGGUACAGGAAGAACAAAAAUCUCGUUCUCCUGCUGGCUCUCGCCGCCGUUGCUGCGUCGGAUUCUCAACCUUCGUCCUUCUACGGAGUACCUCAAGCUAGAACUCAAGUAUCAGAUGAUUCUUCCGAAACGUCAUCAGAGAGUCGCCACGUCUACCGUAGUCAUGAUAGAUCUGAUGAAGAUUCUGCUGAAUAUGGACCUGCAAAGUACGACUUCGACUGGGCCGUGAACCACGACUACUCAGGGAACCACUUCGGCCACCAGGAGUCCCGCGACGGAGACUACACCCAAGGCUCGUACUACGUGCAGCUUCCCGACACUCGCUUGCAGACUGUCAAGUACUACGUGAACGGCGACUCUGGCUACGUGGCCGAGGUGGAGUACGAGGGCGAGGCUCAGCAUCCUGAAUCCGAGGAGUAUCGAGUGUCUCGAGGCCGAUACUCAGCCCAAGACUCAAGCGAAGAGGACUCGUCCGAAACGGUCGUUCGAGCUCCCUCAAGAUUUUAUGGCUCACCUUUGUAA